CCGCUUCCUUUCUCUCUCCGGGCCCGAGCGAGCUGGCCGGGGCGAAGCGAGGGCCGCUGCUGAAUCCGCGUCCAUCCUCCGCCCGCCGCGGGAGCUCGAGCCCCCUCAGCCGCCGCCAUGACGGAGCAGAUGACCCUGCGUGGCACCCUGAAGGGCCACAACGGAUGGGUGACCCAGAUCGCCACCACCCCGCAGUUCCCGGACAUGAUCCUCUCCGCCUCGCGCGACAAGACCAUCAUCAUGUGGAAACUGACCCGAGAUGAAACCAACUACGGGAUCCCUCAGAGAGCACUGCGGGGCCACUCCCACUUUGUUAGCGAUGUGGUCAUCUCCUCCGAUGGGCAGUUCGCCCUCUCCGGCUCUUGGGAUGGCACUUUGCGCCUUUGGGACCUGACUACGGGAACCACCACCCGACGCUUUGUGGGACACACCAAGGACGUGCUGAGCGUGGCCUUCUCUUCUGACAACCGCCAGAUAGUCUCCGGGUCCAGAGACAAAACCAUCAAGCUGUGGAACACACUGGGUGUCUGCAAGUACACUGUUCAGGAUGAAAGCCACUCUGAGUGGGUCUCCUGCGUCCGAUUCUCUCCCAACAGCAGCAACCCCAUCAUUGUCUCCUGCGGCUGGGACAAGCUGGUGAAGGUGUGGAAUUUGGCGAACUGCAAGCUGAAGACCAAUCACAUCGGGCACACCGGCUACCUGAACACAGUGACAGUCUCCCCCGACGGCUCCCUGUGUGCUUCUGGUGGCAAGGAUGGCCAGGCCAUGCUGUGGGACUUAAAUGAAGGCAAGCACUUGUACACUCUGGACGGUGGGGACAUCAUCAACGCCCUCUGCUUUAGCCCCAACCGCUACUGGCUGUGCGCUGCCACUGGACCGAGCAUCAAGAUCUGGGACCUGGAAGGCAAGAUCAUCGUGGACGAACUCAAACAGGAGGUGAUCAGCACCAGCAGCAAGGCAGAGCCCCCUCAAUGCACCUCAUUGGCUUGGUCUGCAGAUGGACAGACUCUGUUUGCUGGAUACACAGAUAACCUGGUCCGCGUCUGGCAGGUCACCAUUGGAACCAGAUGAGAGAGUGCGAGAGACCCCAAGGCACAAGCUAUAAUUAUGUAAAAAAGAAAAAAAAUUCAGUAAAAGAUGUUUUUGUUUUGAUGCUGAAA